CCGAGGGAUAUCCGGAUUGCCUCAAUAUGCCUAUUGCAGCAUGCGCGCUGGGGCAAGCGCUGGUCGACGUGUUGGCCGAGAUGGAGGCGGAAGGAGCACCGCUAACGCACGAUGAGAGACUUGCGACUGUUCAACUCAUGGAGGACAUCCUCUUUAGCCAUAUGCAAGAUGCGUCUGAGGAUUCGGAAGCAGAUGGAUUGACGAGUGAAGACGUCCUACCUCGUCGUCAUGUGGCCACCCGCAGCGGUGUGUUCAUCGCAGCCAGCGUUCAUGAGUACAGCAGCUACAUGGAAACAUGGCGCCUUCAUAUGGUGGACACAGCGAUCAAGAUGGAUGGAGAGGUCUUGAACCCCGACUGUCCCGACCUGGACGCAACCCUUCGACGGAUCCAGCGGCGGAAGAAGACGAAAAAGGCCAAGCGGAAGACAGACGACCAAGAGCACUGACUUAAAUAGGAGCUAAAGCUAUCUCUUUCAUCGCGUGAAGCGCGUCCUCGGCAGGCUUUCGUCGCCCGAGUAGAAUGCCUCGCAUGAAGUUGAGCAGGUCAAACGAGCGUAUGACACAAUGGGACAGGAUAGUGAAAUGCGGCGAUAAUAUUAUGCCUAAUAUGCAACGAUGGAGAGCA